UGUUCUUAUCCCGAGUAACCAGAUGUCGCCUCGCACACAUUUUUCCAAAAUAUGACAUUUCUGUCAUGCCUUCUCUCUUUCGCCAUUUGUCAAGUUUCCGGUACGUACGCGAAUUUAGAUUACAAUGGUUGACGCCGCAGCUAAACCCGCAGCAGCCCCUGCCAAGGCACCAAAACCAGCAAAAGCUGAAAAGGUCGCUGAUAAGAAUGAGAAACAUGUUCGCUCCCUGAAGCGUCACGGACGUCUCUUUGCCAAAGCUGUCUUCACUGGAUACAAACGUGGUCUGAGGAAUCAACACGAAAACCAGUCCAUCCUCAAGAUUGAAGGUUGCCGCAGGAAGGAACACGGAAAGUUCUACAUUGGUAAGCGUUGUGUUUAUGUAUACAAAGCCCAGACCAGGAAGUGCGUGCCACAGCACCCAGAAAGGAAAACUAGGCUGCGCGCUAUCUGGGGCAAGGUUACCCGAUUACACGGUAACUCUGGCUCUGUCCGUGCUCGUUUCAACAGAAAUCUCCCCGGACACGCUAUGGGACAUCGUAUUCGCAUUAUGUUGUACCCUUCAAGGAUUUAAGUUGGUGUAUUUUAAACUUAAAACAAAUUUUAUAAAUAAAACUUAAACUAAAAACCUGAAACAUUAA